AUGGCUUCAACCUCAUUUUGGGCUCUUGGCUCCUCAUUAUUAUCUAUCGCUGCUGCACAUUCGACGUUGCAGUUACAACUAUCAGACUCGUUACCGGAAUCACAUUCUGCUUUCAUAAGCCCUUCGUUUGCUGGAUUUGGUAUAGAACCAUCGAACCUCUUCUCCUUCACUGGCUACGACACUCCUAAUGAACUGACGUUCAACCUGAUUGACAACCUGGUGAGCUAUGCUGGAGCUCCACCACACUUGCGAAUAGGAGGAAACACGCAAGAUUACAUGGUGUUCAGCGAAGAUCAACAACAAUACACAUGGAUUAUCAAUCCCAAUGCGGUAGGACAGGGUGCGUUCGCCAGCGACCACAUGUUGAUUGGCCCAAAAUUCUUUGAGGUUGCCAACAGGUUUCCAGAAGGCACACCAGUAACAUGGGGACUGAACCUGGCAUAUCAAGAACCAGACUAUAUUGAACGAUUAGUCACAAUGGCACAGCAAGUGAUUUCAGGCAUUCCACGUCUCAAUCUUGUCUCGCUGGAGAUUGGAAACGAGCCAGAUCUGUUCGCGCAGAAUGGAUUCCGAACAGGACCUUGGGGUGGUGAUGUCUAUACCGAUCAAUGGUUGGACAGAGCAAGCGCAUUGUAUACUCAAGUCCUGCAGCCGGCUGGUCUCCCAAGUAACUUCUUUGAGCCUGGCGCUACCGCAUCCACCAUCGGCACGUCGUUUCAGAUCCAGGAGCUCGAAACCCUCGGCAUCGCAGUCCAAGCUAAUGGCUCGAGCAAUUCCUACAUCCGGUCCUGGAAUCAACACGAUUAUUACUACUACAUUGGUGUGUCGACAUAUCCACUCACGCUGAAUCAUUUCAUGACUCUGUCGACGACCCAGGACCAGUUCAGAGAUUGGGAAAGACAGAUUCAGCAGGCACACAACACACCUUAUCCUUACGCGUUGAGGGAGAUGGGUGUGGUUGGCCCUAUUGGUCUGGAAGGAAUCACCAACACAUUCGGUGCUGCUCUGUGGACGUUGAACUUUUUCCUCUACACUGCCACUCUGAACAUCACCUCAGUCCAGAUGCAUGUCACCGACAACAGCAAUGCCAGUGCUUGGCAGCCAAUUGAGAUGUACAACCGACAGCCAUUUGUGCGUCCUAACUAUUAUGGAUUCGCAGCUUUCGAUCAAAUCAUUGGACCGUCGUGCCAGGCUCAAAUUGCUCCAUAUGAUAUUGCGGCAUACCCCGAGAACUACGGUGGUCGCAUUACUGCCUACAGUGUGUACCAAAACGGAGCUUUAGAUACGAUUGUGGUGAUUAACGCGAAUAUGGCCAACUCGUCCGAGUCAAAUAAAGCCAGCGUUACAGUCCAACUGAGUCUGCCUAGCUCACUUUCGGGGCAAGUAUUGCACCUCGCUUACCUCAGCAGCACUGGCGCUGAUGCAACAUCUGGCACAACUUGGAAUAACCUUGACUUUGAGCAAAGUGGCAACGGCAGGCCUACCACGGUGAAUGAUGGUCUUUCUGGCCAAACAGUCACGGUAGCCAGCGACGGUAGUGUUAGCAUCACAGUACGUGACAGCCAAGCAGUCGCAGCCAAGAUAGGGUCUCAAGUCGGUACAGGGACUGCCAACCCAUCGGCGUGUGCAGCCAUCGCCUCGCAGUCUCCUGGAAUAGGAUCCACGUCGACUACGAGCUCGAGGUCUAGUGCUAGUAGCACGAAUGCUGCGUCUAGCAUCCGUCAGCCCAGCAUGUCUAUUACUGGUUCGUCUGCAAGCGCUACUGCCACGAACGGAGUGAGACGCAUUUCAGCAAUUAUCUUCAGCACAAUGGGUGCGGCACUCAUCAGUGGCGCCCUUAUACUUUGGACUUGA